GGCUUAAUAUCAGUUAACACGGAAUCUUCAUCGAUAGAGGAAGCUACGAAAUCAAAAGUGCGAAAAUGCGUUGCGUGAUAUUGUUUGGAUUGAUUGCCUGUCUGGCCUGUCUGUCUAUGGCCUGGGGCCUGGAGGAGUCGACCAACGAUCAGGAUCUGUCCCUGUCGCCUGUGGAGCAGGGCAUCGAGCAGGCCGUCGAGGGCCAGGUUCGUGCUAAGCGUCAGUUCUUUGGCGGUGGCUUUGGACGCCCCUACUAUGGCGGUGGAUAUGGUGGCGGCUUUGGACGCCCCUACUAUGGCGGUGGAUAUGGUGGCGGCUUUGGACGCCCCUACUACGGCGGCUAUGGACGUCCCUAUGGCGGCUUUGGUGGCUUCGGCGGACCCUAUGGCGGUGGAUUCUACGGCUAAAUGACUUUGCUUACCAAUAAACGAAAACGGAAAGUGUGACAAAA